AUGUCGAAGUCUACACGCGUAAAGAAUUUGUGGCAGAUGUCUCAGCCCUCACAUUAUUGGCGAGCAAUUGCAUUUCUAUUGAGCCACGGUGGUCCAAAACACCAGCUGAACACUGAGAGGAGAUUCAUCGUAGACUCAAGAACGCCAUUCGCAUGGAUAGAGUUGAGGGGCUUAAUGCAAUACUUGGCAGUCCAUUGUCGGAUUGCUCUGUCGUUAGCACAAUUUAUUGAGGCAUACGAAGUCUAG